AUUGGGCGUUGGUUUUACACUUUGAACUAUUUUAACACAAUAAAUCACUGAUGGUGGUAAUAGUGAACAGUAAAGUGUGUAUUUUUAAGUAUAAAUGAAUACAUAAACAUUCGAAAAAGGGUGAAAGCGUUCCUUGUCAACGUGUGCCAAUCAAUAAAGUUGUGCGUGUUUGGGGCACCCUCUGCGCCUGCGUCAUUUCUGGAGCGACGCAAAAGAUCGUAGCUAGCUAGCUAGCCCGAGCUAGCAGGUGGCCGGACAUCAAAGCUCAAUGGCUACCACGUAAACAAAUCAAAUAAACACGGUUCUGAACUUCGGAACAACGACUGCGCGAGUAUGGCGACAGGUGGCGGCGGCGGCGGUUGCUCGGCGUCAAGUCGUGACGUCCAAGAGUCCAACUCGGUUCAUAGCGGAGCUCCGGUAGCACUCUCCAAUGUGCCGACCGCCGCUCUCGGCCCGUCGUCCGCCUCCCAGCCGGUGCUCGCCGUUCACCGGGAGCCCGGCGCGUACAACUGGCAGGCGACGAAGGGUUCCCUGAUGGAGCGCUUCGCCUAUCUUUUUAACAACGAACUGCUGAGCGACAUCAGGUUUGUGGUGGGCAAGGGCAGGCAGGCGCAGAGGAUACCGGCUCACAAGUUCGUCUUGGCCGCUGGCAGUGCCGUGUUCGAUGCCAUGUUCAACGGGGGGAUGGCGACCGCCUCGGCCGAGAUCGAACUGCCCGACGCCGAACCGGCAGCUUUCCUCUCUUUGCUCAGGUUCCUUUAUUCGGAUGACGUUCACAUCAGCCCGGCGACUGUGAUGUCCACUCUGAACAUGGCGAAGAAAUACGCUGUCCCCGCUCUGGCCUCUCACUGCGUGGAGUUUGUCAGCAAGCACCUCAAAGCGGACAACGCAUUCAUGCUCCUCACGCAGGCAAGGUUAUUUGAUUACCCUCAGAUUGCCAGUCUCUGCCUAGAGACGAUAGACAAAAGCACGACAGAGGCCAUAAAUGCGGAGGGCUUCACUGAUAUUGACCUCGACACUCUUUGCGCAGUCCUUGAACGAGACACACUGAGCAUCAGGGAGAACCGUCUCUUUGGCGCUGUGGUACGCUGGGCUGAAGCUGAGUGUAGCAGACAACAGCUUCCAGCCACCUCGGAGAACAUGCAGAAGGUACUUGGAAAAGCCCUCCCGCUCAUCCGCUACCCCCUCUUAAGUGUUGAGAAGUUUCCUUCAGUAAACCCAAAACCACGAGCCAGCAACGUCGACAGGCCCCGCUGCUGCCUCCGCGGAGAAGAAUGCAGCGUUAAUCGAUUCCAGCACGUCGAGAGUCGAUGGGGCUACAGCGGUACCAGCGACAGAAUCAGAUUCAAUGUCAGCAGACGGAUAUCCAUCGUGGGUUUUGGUCUGUACGGUUCCAUCCAUGGACACACUGACUAUCAGGUCAACAUACAGAUAAUGGAGAACGACAAACACAUCACUGUGGGCCAGAACGACACGGGAUUCAGUUGUGACGGCACGUCAAACACCUUCCGGGUCAUGUUCACAGAGCCUGUGGAAAUUCUUCCUAACGUCAGCUAUACGGCAUGCGCCACCUUAAAGGGACCUGACUCCCACUACGGCACAAAGGGCUUGAAGAAAGUCACCCAGGAGUCAGCAACAGGGACUAAGACAACAUUUGUCUUUUUCAAAUCCCCCGGAAACAACAACGGUACCUCGGUGGAGGACGGCCAGAUACCGGAGAUCAUCUAUUACAUCUAGAUUCAAGACAUCCCAUCAGUUUUUGUUGUUUUUUUUUUUUUGUGCUUCACAAUCCCAGGGAAUGAACACUGAGUGGCAGCUUGUUUAUAUGCUUAAAAACCCAGACACGAGGAUUGUCAAAAGCAGAAGCGUUUGGGAAAAAAAAAAAAAAAAAAUCAAAACCGCUUCCUGCUUCAAUUGUAUUAGAUGUAAAUAUGUAAAUUACGAGACGAAGCAAAUGUCCUUCAUCGGGGUGAUCAAGAUGGAAGAGUUGGUCGAAUAAUCGAAUGUUCUCCCCCCCACGUUGUUGCUGGCGCUUCUGUGAGUUCUUGCGUUAUUUAAACUUUCGGCGUCAACCGACAACGCAACACUUUAUGCAAAGCCAUUUGAGCUUGUUUUCGACAUCCACUACUGUGGUAGUACGCGCUUUGUCCUUAGAAGACGCGAUAGUAGAAUGACAGUCUUAAGAGUGUAUUUUUUGUUAUUGUUUUUUUUCCACACUAGUACAACUGCAUUAGUAGCAAGCAAGCAAAUUUAUUUGUAUAGCGCAUUUCAUACACAAGCUUUACAUGAUCAAAGGCAUUUGAAAACAAAGAGGUAAAACAUUUAAAAUGGGAUUAAAAAUAAUAAAAAUGACAAAAUAUUUAAAAAAAAGACAGUUAAAACCGCAUACAGUGCAAGUAAUAUGAUCAAAAAGUGGAUGUAUUCUAAAAAGCAUGAGGAAAAAAGAAGAGUUUUCAACCUGGAUUUAAAAACGUUCAAAGUUAGGGCUAACGUCACCUCUGUUGGCAAUUUAUUCCAUUUUUUUUUUUUUUUUUUGCAGCAUAAUAGCGAAAUGCUGCUUCGCCAUGUUUGCUUUGGACUCUGCGCUCCACUAUUUGACCCGAGUCAGUCGGUCUCAGAGCUCCACUGGGUUUGUAUUCCAUAAGCAUUUCUUUCAUGUAUUCAGGACCGAAAUCAUUUAGUGAUUUAUAGACCAGUUGCAGAAUUUUAAAAUCUACUCUAAAACUGACUGGAAGCCAGCGCAAGGACUUUAGGAUUGGAGUUAUAUGCUCUGACCGCUUUGUUUUGGUCAGAACGCGAGCCGCAGCUGUUUAGUGCGUUUAUGGGGGGAACUGAGUCAGAAGACCAUUACAAUAGUCAACUCCACACUUGAGAUCAAAACGGAUGCGCUUUUCCUGGUCUGCUGGACAGAAACAAGACUUCACUCCGGAUAUGCUCUUCAGAUGGUAGAAGGCAGUUUUUGUGAUUGAUUUGACGCGAUUGUUGAAAGUUAAGUCGGAAUCAAUCAGAACACCAGAGUUUCGGAUUUGGUCUUUGGUUUUUAAACUAGUUACUAUGCGGUAGUUGACGACGGAAUUCUAUGACUAAAAUUCUACUGGUUAACAGCUCUUCGGUACUACUUCUAGCCGUGGACAGAUGUCAUAUAGUGUACAUAUUUUUCACACGAGUAACAUAUACCUUCUAGUAUGUGGAAAUGUCAUAAUAGUGAAAGACAUUAGUGGGAAAAAAGGUUACCGGUAAGACAUUCUCCUAAUGCUUUGAAUUGUCUUACUUGGGAGGACAAAGAACGUACUAGUACAUCGACCAUAAGAUGAAUAUGGAAUAAAUGCUCAAAUCGCUUUUCAUAAAUCUUUGUUGAGGCAUUUAUAAAAAUAUACAGUGUAUAUAAAUGUAAGUCUGCUGUUGUCAGUAUAUGUACAUAAUGUUUCCAUCAUAGUAUCUUGUGUUUAAUUUAAUGUUGUCAUUGGUACCUGCAGUACUUCAUACGUUUGCUUGGCAUUUCGUUUGAAUUAAACGAUGUUCAUUUCAUAUUACAGACUGAAAACCUUUCCAAACUCCCCCGUGUGAGAUCGCUGUCAGAUACAUCUUUUGUCUUAUACGCAUUCAUUUAUCAUCACGAGACACGCUCAUCGAUCAAGUAACCGAAAGGAUCCGAGUACAGCAUACGACUGAUGUGUCAUAUUUCGUCUUUGCCGUUUCUCGAGAAAUGUUGUUACCUUGGUGGUAGAAAACAUGGUAGUCAUGAGGCGGGAAUAAAGAAUAAUUGAUAAUUUCCUGCAACGUAUAUGCUCAUCACUGUAUAAAAUUUAAAAACCAAUUGUUUCACAGAUGGCUCAGUCAAUAAACCAAACUUCCAG